UUUCUCCUCUUUUCGAGCAACAGACCAUCGCCAUGCCGUUCGAGUCGACGCCAUUCGAGUCCCUCAGCGAGUCCCAGCUGGAUGCGUUCAAGCAAAAGGACGGCAAACUGCACUUGUUCAACAACAUCAUUUGCCCAUUUGGCCACCGCGCGUUGUGGACCGCCGUGGAAGCCCACGCGCCGUUCCAUGUCGUGGAGGUGUCGUUGGCUGACAUGCCCGCGGCGUACAUUGAAAAGUUCAACCGCUUCGGCACGGUGCCGUAUCUGCUCUCGAACGGCAGUCCCGUGUACGAAUCUGCGAUCAUCGCGCAGUAUGUGGACACGAAAUUUGGGAACGGCGAAUUGUUCCGCCAUCACGACCCCGAAGAAGCUGCGCUGAGCCAACUGGCCGCUGCGAAAUUCGAAGUUGGACCGCUGUAUCGUGCUCUGGGAGGCACAAGUGAAGACAACGUGGCUGCUUUGAAGGAGACGUUGGGGGACGUGGAGACGAUCUAUCGAGUGCAUGCCAAGGAAUUCCGUUCGAGCGGCCCGUACCUGCUUGGAAGCAAACUCAGCGGCGCAGAAAUUCUCAUCGUGCCAUUCUUGUUUCGCUUUGACAUCCUCCUGCAACAUUACCGCGGCUACACCCUCCUCGACGGUUUCCCACUGCUCCAAGGGGUGCUAGCAGCCGCCAAGGCCCGCCCCGCCUUCCAAGACACCGUUCGGGAGCCUCAAUUCUUUAUUGACGCGUAUGCCGCGUACGCCAACAAGAAGUAGAUGUGGUGGCGGACUAUCCAAACAUUGCAGCGUGCUGUCAAGGUUGGUAACGUUAGCCAGCAAAAACACGAAUAAAAUCACAGUUAUCACGUAGUUCUACA